AUGGAGGCCUAUUUCCAGUAUCAACGAGUUCGGCAAUCUGUCCACCGGCAUCUACCGCAGGAAAAGGACGGUGCCAGCUUAUCCGACAUAGCAGCGCUGCCCCCGGAUGCAGAGCCAGAGUCCAAUCGCGGCGUCCUCGGCCAGUCCACUGCUACAGAACCGACCGCUGCCGACAAUGUCAUUGUCGUGGGCUGGGACGGACCCGACGAUCCAUUGAACCCAGUCAACCAAAGCACAGGGAGCAAGAUCUGCAUGACGCUGCUCGUCUCGCUGAUUGCCCUCGCCGUCACGGCCGCGUCCGCUAUUGAUGCGUGUGGUGUGCGCGAGUACAGCCAGUAUUUCCACGUAUCCGAAGUCGUUGGCUCGCUGGCCACAGGUCUUUUUCUAAUCGGCUUCGGCUGCGGAUCCCUGCUCUCCGGGCCCUUCUCCGAGACCUUCGGUCGCAACGCCAUCUACUCGACAACCAUGCUCUUGUAUCUCAUCUUCAUCAUGGCAUCUGGCCUCGCGCCCAACCUCGCAAGCCACUUGGUCUUUCGCUUCAUCUCCGGCUUCUUCGCAUCCACGCCUCUCAGCUGCGCCGGCGGCACCGUGGCCGACCUGUGGAGUCCGCUCGAAAAGACCUGGGCCUUUCCGCUCUACGCGAUACCCGCGUUUGUCGGGCCCAUGGUCGGUCAGCUCAUCGGGGCCUACAUACCAAGCACACUCGGCUGGCGCUGGCUGGAGUGGAUCAUGCUCAUCCUGGGCGGCGCGGUCCUGGUCGCCGUGCUCCUGUUCCAGCCCGAGACGUACGGGAACAUGAUUCUCUACUGGAAAGCGUCGAUCCUCCGCAAGGAAACGGGCGAUGAGCGGUAUCGCGCGCCGAUCGAACUGAAGCGGGAGAAUCUUGGGCAGCGUCUGAAAGUGGCUGUUUGUCGGCCCUUUGCCAUGUUUUACUCGGAGCCGAUCCUCAUUCUGAUAUCUCUCUACUUGACCAUCAUCUACAUUGUGCUGUUUACGUUUUUGGAGGGCUAUACCUAUGUGUUUGGUGAGACUUACAGCUUAUCUGAGGGUCUAACGAGCAUCUGCUGGGCUGGUAUGCUCGUAGGCAAUUUUCUCGUGGUUGGCCUGGUGCCGGUUGUGUACUCCUGGACUGCAAAGGCCUGUUCGCAAAGCCCAUCGUCCACCAUUGUCCCAGAGAUUCGGCUAUGGUACACAAUGCUUGGGGGCGCAGUUGCAGUGCCAAUCAGCCUCUUCUGGAUGGGCUGGACCAGCAAGUCACAUAUCUCGAUUUGGUCUCCACUGAUUGCUUCCGUUCUUUUUGGCUUUGGCAUCACCACGAUCUUCAUCGUUUCAUACAUGUAUCUCAUCGAUGCUUACGGCACAUUCUCGGCUUCGGCGCUCGGGUUUCUAGUACUUACGAGAUACGUGGUUGCUGGCGGCGUUACCGUUGCUGGCGGCCCAAUUUACCAGUCUCUCGGAGUGCCGUACACUUUGACGAUUCUGGGGUCCAUAAGCGCGGUCAUGGCUGUCGUGCCGUACUUGCUAUAUGUUUACGGGCCGAAUAUCAGGGAGAAAAGCAAGUAUGCAGUGCACAUUUGA